AUGAGGUCUUCGCGGGUCUCGCAAGAGACGAGCAAGCUCUUCGGCGCCGUGGCCCAGCCGGCGUCGCCACCGCGGCGCACCACCAGGUCCUCCUUGUCGCGCUUCGCGUACAGCAGCGCGAACCCGUCAGCAAGCACCGACAUUGAAGAUGCGAUUCCCGAUGUUGCGUCUUCGGCGAAUCGCAAGCGCAAGCGAACGACAGUCCUCGCUACCGCGACUCCGACUCCGACAUCUGCCUCGCUGAACCGCCGCAAGGUCAAGACGGAGACGGUAGAAGAAGAAGAAGAAGUCGACAUCAAACCCGAGUCUAAACCAAAUCCCAUUACCGCCUCGAAGCGCCAGCGCAAGCCCGCGCGCAAAGCCACCGACCCCAAGACCGGCAGCACGACCACCACCGCGCCCUCCGACUGGGAGGAGAUCUACAACACCGUCAAGACGAUGCGCCAGCCCGGCGGCGCGGCCGCCAACGCCGCCGUCGACACCAUGGGCUGCGAGCGCCUAGCCGACCGCGCCGCCCCGCCGCGCGACCAGCGCUUCCAGACGCUCAUCGCGCUGAUGCUGUCGUCGCAGACCAAAGACACGACCAACGCCGUCGCGAUGCGGCGCCUGCAGACCGAGCUUCCGCCGCACUCCCCGUCCGCCCCGCCGGGCCUCACACUCGAGAACGUGCUCGCCGUCGACCCGGAGACGCUGAACCAACUCAUCUGGGCCGUCGGGUUUCAUAAUAACAAGACGAAGUACAUCAAGGCUGCUGCUCUGAUAUUGAGAGAUCAGUGGGAUGGGGAUAUCCCGGAUUCUAUUGUAGGGCUGACGGCGCUGCCGGGCGUGGGCCCCAAGAUGGCGCACCUGUGCCUGUCGGCGGCCUGGGGCCGCACCGAGGGCAUCGGUGUCGAUGUGCACGUCCAUCGCAUCACGAACCUCUGGGGCUGGCACACGACGAAGGGGCCCGAGGAGACGCGGCGCGCGCUGGAGGCCUGGCUGCCGCGCGAUCGGUGGCGCGACAUCAACGGGCUGCUCGUCGGGCUGGGGCAGACGGUGUGUCUGCCGGUGGGGCGGCGGUGCGGCGAGUGCGAGUUGGGGCUGGGGGGGCUGUGUCCGGCCGCGGAGCGCAAGAAGGUCGUGGAGGGGAUGCGGGUGAGGGAGAGUACGAGGGUUGAAGUUGGAGAGGGGGAGGGUGUAGUUGUUGAUGUGGUGAAGGAGGAGAUGGAGGUCGUGGAGGGGGAGGUUGUGGUUAACGAACAGGUUAAGAAGGAGGAUGUGGAUGUCCCGGGUAAUGUGAUGGUAGGGAAGGAGGAGAGUGAGGAGUCUGUAUUGAAAGGGGUGGAUGGGCCUUCACUGAAGAUUGAAGAGGAUGAUGCCGAUGCUGGGCCGAGCCGCUCGCGAUCUAGAUUGCGGAAAUCAAGGAGGACAUGA